AUUUUAGGCAAUAUACUUUCUCAUAACCUUGAACAAUUACAAAAGUAAUCACACACGUUUUGCGGAACGAUUUGCAUUUCAUUCGAUAUUCUUCAGUGAGUGUUUUGCAGUUGAACACAGCUACUGUCACUGAAGCAGAAUGAAGAAAGAACAGGUUGUAAACUGCCAGUUCUCCGUUUGGUACCCUAUAUUUAAGAAACAUACGAUUAAAAGUUUGAUUCUUCCCUUACCUCAGAAUGUGAUUGAAUAUUUACUGGAUGACGGGACCCUUGUAGUAGCUGAAAGUGAAGACAACACGCAACAAUCUUCAACAAACACUGCAGGCUGUGAGAACGAGGAGGAGGAUAUCCAGUGGUCGGAUGACGAGACUACAACCACUGUCACAGCCCCUGAAUUCCCAGAAUUCAAUGCAAAAGUUCAGGAAGCUAUAAACCUCCUUGGGGGCCAUGUCUUUCCCAAACUGAACUGGAGUGCUCCACGGGAUGCGAACUGGAUCGCCCUGAACAACUCCCUGCAGUGCCAGAGCCUGCGAGACAUCUUCCUCCUCUUCAAGAGCUCCGAUUUCAUCGCUCACGACUUCACCCAGCCGUUCCUGCUUUGCAGCGAUGACUCCCCGGACCCGGAGAUAAGCUAUGAGCUGGUGCUCAGGAAGUGGAGCGAGCUCAUUCCGGGAGGAGAGUUCCGCUGCUUCGUCAAGGAGAACAAGCUGAUAGGCAUCUCCCAGAGAGACUACACCCAGUACUACCAGCACAUCUACAAGCAGCAGGACGCCAUCUGCAGCUCCAUACUGGACUUCUUCAAGGAGCACGUCCAGUACAAGUUCCUGGAGGAGGACUUUGUUUUAGACGUCUACAGGGAUAGCUGGGGCAGGGUGUGGCUCAUUGAUCUGAACCCCUUCGGUGAAGUGACCGACUCCCUACUCUUCACCUGGGAGGAGCUGACCUCUGGACACAAUCUGAUGACCAAUCAGAUGGAGGGAGACCCUGCCCAACAAGAAGUACCUGCGUUCCGCUACACCACCAGUGAGGUGACGUUCCAGCCCAGCCCGUGUCUCAGCUACCGGAUCCCUCGCGACUUCGUUGACCUGUCCACGGGCGAGGACGCGUACAAGCUCAUCGACUUCCUCAAACUGCAGAAAAGCCAGCAAGAUGAAUCUGAUGAAGAGGCGUGAAUAAGUGGCAAGGCAGAAGAAGAAAAGACAGAGCUUUUUGCUUAAUAAUAAAGUACUGUCUAAUAGGUAAUGCCUUCAGGCAGAAGUAGAGUCCAGACGCUGUGUGCAUGAACAUGAGCAGGCUUCUGUUUUGUGAUUAUUUUGAAAGUACAGACAAAAUCUCGACUGGUGGGUUCUGUUGUCUUUUAUCAGUACCGACGAGGCUCCUGUUUGAGUAUUUAUUUAAGUCCGCGAAGGUCCAAGACCUAUGCAAUAUUCAGAGGAACUUGCUUUUUUUGCUGUAAUAUAUUAGAUCAUUACUUCUUGCGAGUGGGAUAAUGUUUGCUGGUGUUGCCUGCUUGGUUAAAAAAAAUAAAACAGGCAGGUUUUGAAGCUGCUUUGUGGCCCGACACAGCUGAAUAGAAAGGCUGUAUGCCUGGACAUGUAUGUUUUGUAAGCGGUGUUUAGUUUAAAGGGGUGCCUGGAAAUCUUACGUCCAAGCAGGUUAUCGGCGUGUGUGUGACUCCCGUCUGUGCUGGCUUCGUCUUUAUCUGCCGCUUAAACAAAUAUGUCCACCAGAGCAUUGGCAGUCAUGUCCGUGGAUGGAUUAACACAAAGAGAAGCGUGUAAAACGAUAUCCUUGCUGACUUUCAGUGGGAUGGGGUGGGGGAGGGAAACCCCGAAAAGGUCAGUUUGAGUUCUUUUGCACCAGUAAUUCAAUAAACAUCACACAUCACCUUGUUUAUUUUAUUUGGGUACCAGCAUCUUCUUUCAGUAAUACGAAAUUAUACACAAGCCUUUUCACUUUACUGUUAAAAAAAUAAUAAUAAUUUAAAAAGGAAAUGGUCUCAAUUCCAGCAUUCUUGUUACACUCUUGUGGUUGUCUUGAUGUCUCCUACUCAAGCUUUUUUGGAUGGGAGUAUUUUUGGGGUAUUUCUGCCUCCUGUGUAUGGUGAAUACUUUAGUGAGUCCAUAGAAGGAAGACUUUUAAUAAAGCAUUCAGAUGUACUGUAGUACCUGUACUGUCUACUUGAGUUGAGAGCAUAAAUGGAAUAAAUUUUAGAAAGGCCAGUAAUCCCAGAAUGUAAAACAUUCUUUUUUUGUGCUAUGGUAGAUUAUUACAUGAAUGCAAUAAUGAUUCCAAACCUGCCUACAUUAUAAAAUGCAUCGGAAA